AUGGCGUGGUGGGAGUUCAACUUGCUGCUCUACCUGGCGCUCUUCUUCCUCCUGCGCCUCCUCCUGGGCCUCCUGCUCAUCAAGCAGCUGAAGAACUCCGUGGCCAGCGCCUGGGCUCUGCAGCCGGGCCGCCCGUCCCUGCGAGAGCCCUGGGGCUCGUGCCACAAGCAAGCCCUGUGAUUCCGGCCCGCGGCAGGGUCCGGGCGCGGUCUAGAGACGGGUGGGGGGGGUCCCCGCUGCAGGAUGCCCCCCCAUGGCUGCCAGCCACGCUGCGGGCCAC